CAAAAUAAAACCAAACAAAUCCGGACUCGCUUCCCACAAUACCAAAGUUACAGGGAGGGUCGAUUUCUCCAACCACCAACCCCCCUCUUCUCCUCUCUUCUUCUCCUUCUCUCUUUAAUCUAAACAACAACAACAACAACAACAACAACAAUGGCUUCCACUUCAUCUGUAACCCUGUCCCAGGCCCUCCUCGUCCGAGGUCUAUCGCACCACUGCACCACUCAGUCCACGGACUACCGAGUCUCCCUCUCCACGCUUUCUGUCCCGUCCUUUUCGGGUCUUAAAUCCUCACCUUCUUCCUCCUCACGUGCCAACACCUCCCGUCGCCGCCUCCCCACGCGCCACAACACCCACAACUUGGUACGCGCAGCUGCAGUAGAGACCAUUGACACCUCCACUGAGGCUUCCCUGGUGGAGAAAUCGAUCAACACGAUUAGGUUUUUGGCUGUUGAUGCUGUCGAGAAGGCGAAGUCGGGUCACCCCGGCCUGCCUAUGGGCUGUGCUCCAAUGGGUCAUAUCUUGUACGAUGAAGUCAUGAAGUACAACCCCAAGAAUCCUUAUUGGUUCAAUCGCGACAGGUUCGUUUUGUCCGCUGGUCACGGAUGUAUGUUGCAGUAUGCUCUGCUUCAUCUUGCUGGCUAUGAUAGCGUUAAGGAAGAAGACUUGAAGGAAUUCCGACAGUGGGGUAGCAGGACUCCUGGACACCCUGAGAACUUUGAGACUCCUGGUGUUGAAGUUACAACUGGUCCUCUUGGGCAAGGUGUUGCAAAUGCUGUUGGUUUGGCACUUGCAGAGAAGCAUUUGGCUGCCAGAUUUAACAAACCUGACAGUGAAAUUGUUGAUCAUUAUACAUACGUUAUCCUGGGAGAUGGUUGUCAAAUGGAGGGAAUUGCAAAUGAAGCUUGUUCCUUGGCUGGGCAUUGGGGACUUGGGAAGCUUAUUGCUUUUUAUGAUGACAACCAUAUUUCUAUUGAUGGUGACACUGAGAUUGCUUUUACCGAGAGUGUGGACAAGCGGUUUGAGGGUCUUGGUUGGCAUGUUAUCUGGGUUAAGAAUGGAAACACGGGUUAUGAUGAUAUACGUGCUGCCAUUAAGGAAGCAAAGGCUGUCAAAGACAAACCUACAUUGAUCAAGGUGACAACAACUAUUGGUUAUGGGUCGCCAAACAAGGCAAACACAUACAGCGUCCACGGGAGUGCACUUGGUGAAAAGGAAGUUGAUGCUACUAGGAAUAACCUUGGAUGGCCCUAUGAGCCUUUCCAUGUGCCUGAAGAUGUUAAAAAGCAUUGGAGUCGGCACGUGCCUGGGGGUGCUUCUUUUGAAGCUGAAUGGAAUGCCAAGUUUGCUGAGUACGAGAAGAAAUACAAGGAGGAAGCUGCAGAACUGAAGUCUAUCAUCAAGGGUGAAUUACCUGCUGGCUGGGAGAAAGCACUUCCAACAUACACUCCAGAGAGCCCAGCUGAUGCCACCAGAAAUCUAUCUCAACAAUGUCUUAAUGCCCUUGCAAAGGUUCUCCCAGGUCUUCUUGGUGGCAGUGCUGAUCUUGCUUCAUCCAACAUGACAUUGUUGAAAAUGUUUGGGGACUUCCAAAAGGACACACCCGAAGAGCGUAAUGUUAGAUUCGGUGUUAGGGAGCAUGGUAUGGGAGCCAUUUGCAAUGGAAUUGCUCUUCACAGCCCUGGGCUGAUUCCAUACUGUGCUACUUUCUUUGUGUUCACUGACUACAUGAGAGCUGCCAUGAGGAUUUCUGCCUUGUGUGAAGCUGGUGUUAUCUAUGUUAUGACCCACGAUUCCAUUGGUCUUGGAGAGGAUGGACCAACCCACCAGCCAAUUGAACACUUGGCAAGCUUCCGUGCCAUGCCUAACAUCUUGAUGCUCCGUCCAGCUGAUGGAAAUGAAACAGCUGGUGCAUACAAAGUUGCUGUCGAGAACAGGAAGAGACCUUCUAUCCUCGCUCUGUCCCGGCAAAAGUUGGCUCAACUUCCUGGAACAUCUAUCGAGGGAGUUGAGAAAGGUGGCUACAUUAUUUCUGACAAUUCUUCAGGUAACAAACCUGAUGUAAUUUUGAUUGGAACUGGUUCUGAAUUGGAAAUUGCUGCUCAGGCUGCUGAGGUACUCCGAAAGGAAGGAAAGGCUGUUAGAGUUGUAUCCUUUGUUUCUUGGGAGCUCUUUGAUGAGCAAUCAGAUGCCUACAAGGAAAGUGUUUUGCCAGCUGCUGUUUCAGCUAGGGUUAGCAUUGAAGCUGGGUCAACAUUCGGUUGGGAGAAGGUUGUCGGAAGCAAAGGAAAGGCCAUCGGCAUUGACCGGUUUGGAGCUAGUGCACCAGCAGGCAAAAUAUACAAAGAGUUUGGGAUUACAGCAGAGGCUGUUGUUGCAGCAGCUAAAGAAAUUUCCUAGGCUUUUCAUGAUACACGCUGAUUUGGGUUUAGGGCGGAGAUUACAAAUCGAGAGGCCAAUCGCAAGAGAUCUGUAUUGCACCAUUGUCUCAUUUGUUUCAAUAAAAAGCAAGAUAAGAUUAAUUUUCUUUUGCUUCUUAUAAUUCUUAAGCAGAGUGGCAAAGAUUGGGAGAAAGAGAAUUAGGCUUUUUAUGGAUGUUAAUGCAUAUGUAAACAACUCUUUUUGCCUAUCCGAGUUUUGUACUGUUUGUGGUUUACUUCCAUGGAGUCUGACAUUCUUCA